GGUAUCUCUAAAAAAAAAAAAGAACUUUACAAGACACUGGUAACUCUGACGGGAGGAACAGCCACAAGCAGUUUAGAGAAGGAAAAGUGACCAACAUGUCAGAGCCUAAAGAAACAAAGCAAGAGAAGAAGAAGGGCCCAGCGGGUUAUACGGGUCGUAGAUCUGUACCUCCAAAUGUGUCCAAUGCUGAUGAAGAUGAGAUUCCAAUCAUGGAAACUUUUGGAGUCAUCCCAAGGGGUGUCAACAUGAAAGAUUACCUGGAAGUUGAAUAUGUUGAGCUGUACAAACAACAGUAUGAGAAAAAUAAAAAAGAGCAUCACACAGACCGAUACUUCAACAACAAACUCAUCAUACGCCGUGGGCAGAAAUAUGACAUUAAAAUAAACUUCAACCGGCCAUACAAUCCAGAAACAGACCAGUUUUGGGUGGAGUAUGUAAUUGGUCGCUUCCCACAGCAGAGCAAAGGCACAUAUAUUCCAGUUCCUAUUGUGGAUGAACUGGAAGUAGGAAAAUGGGGAGCAAAAAUUACUCUAAUUGAAGGAAGCUCUGUCACCUUGAAUAUUUUAUCAGCUCCUGACUGCAUCAUAGGCAAAUUACGCAUGUAUGUUGCUGUUUUAACUCCGUAUGGUAUUUUGAGGACACCUAGAAGAUCUGACACUGAUACAUACGUUCUCUUUAAUCCUUGGUGCAAAGAUGAUGCUGUUUACAUAGACGAUGAAAAGGAAAUAGAAGAAUAUGUAAUGAAUGACGUGGGUGUCGUUUUUCAUGGAGAACUGAAUAAUAUUAAGAGACGACCCUGGGAGUAUGGGCAGUUUGAAGAGCAGAUACUUGACGCUUGCCUAUAUUUAAUGGACAAAGCUGAAUUAGAUCUCUCAGGAAGAGGAAACCCUAUCAAGAUCAGUCGUGUUGGAUCAGCAGUCAUAAAUGCCAGAGAUGAUAAUGGUGUGGUUGCAGGAAACUGGAACAAUGAUUAUACCUAUGGUGUUGCUCCAUCUGCUUGGACUGGAAGCGUAGACAUCCUACUAGAAUUCUUCAGUUCUAAAUUACCAGUAAGAUAUGGACAGUGUUGGGUCUUCGCUGGAGUAUUUACUACAUUUCUGCGAUGUCUUGGAAUUCCUGCACGACUUGUCACCAAUUAUUUCUCUGCUCAUGACAAUGAUGCUAAUCUACAAACUGAUGUCUACUUGGACGAAGAUGGGAAAACGAAUACUUCCCUCACCAAGGACAGCAUCUGGAAUUAUCAUUGCUGGAAUGAGGCUUGGAUGACCCGACCAGAUCUUCCAGUUGGUUUUGGAGGAUGGCAGGCAGUAGAUGCCACACCACAGGAGACUAGUGAUGGUAUGUUUAGAUGUGGGCCUGCAUCUGUUCAAGCCAUUAAACAUGGACACGUCUGCUUUCAGUUUGAUACGCCUUUCCUUUUCUCGGAGGUAAACAGUGACAUAGUUUAUUCUAAAGCAUUGAAAGAUGGAUCAAAAGUGGUUCAGUAUAUUGAUAAAACUCACGUGGGACAAAAAAUUUUAACAAAAGAAAUAGGAGGAGAUGGACCGCAUGAUAUAACUGAUCUGUACAAGUUCUCAGAAGGCUGUGAAGAGGAGAGACUGGCACUUGAAGCAGCUCUCAUGUAUGGUGUCAAAAAGGAAAACCGAGACGAGCUACAGCUGCUCACCGAGCAUGACACUACAAUAGACUUUCAGGAAGAUAAUGCAGUAUUUGGCAGUGACUUCAAAGUCAUUUUAACAUUCAAGAAUCAAAGCUCCAAUCUGUAUACAGUAUCAGCCUAUCUAACUGGACAUGUUGUGUUUUACACUGGAGUCUUGAAAUCAGAAUUCAAGAAUAAAACCAUUGAAGUAACUCUGGAUCCUUUUUCCAAUAAAACAGUGGAUGUUAAUAUAAAAGCCAACGAGUACAUGAGCCAUCUUGUGGAACAGGCAUCUUUACACUUCUUCGUCACGGCACGUAUCAAUGAAACAAGGAAGAUAAUGGCCAAGCAGAAGAUUGUAGUAUUGCAAGUUCCUGAGCUGCGCAUUAAGACUAUUGGAGAUAAGGUGGUUGGUAAGGAAAUGAAAGUGGUGGUGGAGUUCACCAACCCACUAAAGAAGAAACUACAGAACGUUGUCUUGCGUAUUGGUGGUCCAGGUCUUAUGAACACCAAAACUCAGAUUUUCAGGGAGGUCCAAGGAAGUACACCCCUGAUUUUGGAAGAAAGUUUUAUCCCAAGAAGAAUGGGCACCAGGAAACUUAUUGCAACUCUUGAUUCUGACACCCUAAGGCAUGUGUAUGGUGAGCUGGAUUUGGAGAUCUUGAGUGCAGUCUAAACGAAAUUCCAGUUUUUGCAUUUCCACAUUAAUGUUAACAGUA